AUGGCGUCCACCGGCAAGUCGAAGUCCUCCCCGCAAGCGUCAGAGCAAGAUGAUAGUUUAUCGAAGAUUUACUUGGUGGCUUAUAAUGUUACUCAGAUAUUGGGAUGGAGCGCUAUAAUGCUGGCCAUAUGUAAUCACUGGGUGACGAACCAAAGUGUGACAGGUGUUUACCAGGAUGUGGCACCACUACUCAACAUCUUCCAGACAGCAGCUAUUCUAGAGAUAUUUCACUGUGCUUUCGGGCUUGUGCGUUCAAAUGUAGUACUGACAGCAUUCCAGGUGUUUUCACGAGUGUUUCUUACCUGGGGCGUGGCCUAUAGUGUUCCACAGGUACAGACAACUGUUGGUGUGUUCAUGUUUAUCUUUGCAUGGACAAUUACAGAAAUUGUACGAUAUUCUUUCUAUUUUUCUGGACUAGUAGGGAUGAUUCCAUACGCUCUUCAGUGGUGCAGGUAUACAUUUUUCCUGGUACUCUACCCAUUUGGUGUGACGGGAGAAUUACUCACCAUCUAUGCCAGUCUACCUUAUGUGAAGGAGAGAGGCCUAUAUUCUGUAGCGCUCCCUAACAGCUUCAACAUGUCCUUUAGUUACUACUACUUUCUCAUAUGUACCAUGUUUGUUUACAUUCCAAUAUUUCCACAACUUUUCAUGCAUAUGAUUGCACAACGUAAAAAGGUCAUUGGUGGAGCAGGUAAAAAGAAAGAAUGAUAACCCUUCCAUUAAUGGAAAAAAAAAACCAACAAAAAAAAAACCCGGUCCUUUAACUAGAUGUUGUAUUAGGACAAGGAUUUUCAUGGACUGGGAAACAAUCCAUAAUUUUGUUGUUGUAAGCACAAAAAGUUGUUAUGACAAGUUUUUUUGAUAAUUAUAAUUUUGUAGUUUAUGUUAAGGUGUGUGUUGCCAUAGUUUAAUAUCCUUUCUGUAAUGUUAUUCAGUGUAAUGUCCACACCUGUGUAAUUGCCCAUGUGUGUAAUGUCCACACCUGUGUAAUUGCCCACAGGUAUGUAAUGUCCACACCAGUGUAAUUGCCCACCAGUGUGUAAUACCCUCACAUAGGUGAAGAUGUAACUGUAGAUUUCUUGCUUAUAAGCAACUUGAAUCUUCAUUUGAAUGGCUAAUACUUAAGGUUUGUCACACUAAUGAUAUUUUAAUCAAUGGAAAUUGAGCCACAACGAUUCAUUGCAUGAUUUCAUUACAAUCAGUUUAAUUAUUAACCGUUUUGAUUUUGAUAAUUAUUUUUUUUGCAUUUGCUCAUUACUAUUUUGUACCCAACUUUUUUUAGACAUGCAUAA